GGGGGCGGCUCGCGAGCCGAGGUCUGAAGAAGGAGGAGGAAUCAAGGAGGGUCAGGGCUGCGGGGGAGGCGGCUGGGAGGCCCACCCCUGGAGCCCAGGGCCCGGAACCCUGCCGCCCGCCUGCAGCAGCCCCGGCCCUGGGCGCCCCUAGCCUGCAGGCCGCCCGGGCUCUCCCCUCCUGGUGCCUUCCGAACAAAGCUUUGUAGCUAACGAGCUCCAGAGACCGACAGAGGCCUCCUGGUCUCCGCUGGCCCCUCGGCCCUUCCGGAGGAGCGACCGAAUGGACCCGUGGGGUUGGUGACCAAGUGACACUCACAGAAGAAGACGCUGCCUCUAGCCAAGGCCUGGAGAGAUCUUCCCCUGAGGCACCCUUUCCCAGCUCCGGCUGGUCGGGCCCUGCCCGGACGAGCGGGGCCAUCGCAGUCCUAAGGGGACAACGUCAGGAGGGGACAACCGGUCCCUCAGAGACCUAGGGGCACAUCCUCAGACACUCAGCAGGCCAGUUAGCGCCUGCCUUGUUUCUUCUGCCAGCAUAUCUUCUCCAGCUUCAUGGGGAGAAUGCUUCUAGGAAAAACAAAAUUUAAGGGUUGAAUAAAAACUGUAUUCACACAUUUGCUGAGCACCUACCAUGUGCCAGGGCCUGUGCUGGACUCUAGAAUGCAGACAGAGUGGAGACCGUACGCCGGGGCCUUUGUCCUCUCCUGGGACACCACCCUGGGUCUUCUCUCUGAAUAGAACCGAGGUCCAGUGGGGGGUCAGAAAGACCCCCUCCCCUGGCAGCUGUGGGAGACACACACACACACACACACACACACGCUGCCUGAGUAGGGGUGAGGCUGGAGGCAGGAAGAGCAGGUCAAAGAGCAGGCUCCAAGACCUGCACCAAGCCCCAGCCCCAACUGCUGGGAAAGGUGGGAAGACCCGACUGGCCAUGGGGAUCCGGGCGCCCCGGGGAAGGUCUGGACCAGGCACCAGACAUGGAGGGCUGUGCACCGGUGUCCCCACCUGGAGGAGGGAGACUGUUACAACACUGCCCGGCACACGCAACUUUUUGCCUCGAGAAGAUGGCUUUUACAAGGAAACUGACAAAGAGUCCCAAGCCAAGAAGGGAGCAAAGAUCCCCUGAGGCCUCGCCAAGCUGCUGUGCUGAGCGGGAUCUCAGGAGGCAAAUUUGAAUGGGGACAAACUGUGCAAAGCCAGUGACCUGAGACCAGCAGUGGAGACGCCUGACUCAGCACCAGUGGGGACACUGGAGCAAUAUCUACACCAGUGUUCGACCAAACACCUGGGCACCGUAGCUCAGCCCCACUGACCCGUCGACGGAACCACCCCAGCUGCGUCAACCCAAGGAGAGGCCGACGGCCAGGCCAGACUGGAUGGUAGAAGGCGAGGGGGAAAGCCAUGAGAAGCUCACUUCCCCACACCGUGAACAGCAGAGCGGUGACGGCACCCCUCCCCCCACCAGUGCACCUAGGCCCUCUGCUGGGUGCUGGGGAGCUACAGCACGCCCACGUCACCGUAAAGUGAGCCCAACAGCACCAGCAGCCAAGUGCACAGAGCCUGGGCCCACUGGGCCAGCCUUGCCUCUGGCAAACCCUGGUGCCCUCCUCCCGCCCGGGCAAGGCCCAGGGCCCUGGGCAGUCUCCAGGUGCAGAGCCCCGACUAGGGCUGCACCCAUCCCGUUGCCCCGGGGCAUGUCUCUACUCGCCAAUUACGAGGGGCUCCGGCAUCAGAUCGAGAGGCUGGUGAGGGAGAAUGAGGAGCUAAAGAAGCUGGUGCGGCUCAUUCGGGAGAAUCACGAGCUCAAGUCGGCGAUCAAGACGCAGGCGGGCGGCCUGGGCAUCAGCGGCUUCAGCACCGGGUUCGGCCAGAUGGCGGCCACUCCUCAACACCAGGGAAACUGUGUCUUCCUGCCCCCGUCCCCGGCAGCAGCACACGAGCCCGUCCUGGAAGAAGUGGGCGUUGUGGCUCUGGCACCCCUGGCCGACAUGCUAAACAGCCCGCAGCCCGGCCCCACGGCAGGCCCCAUCGUGAGCCCCCUGACGGGCCCCCUCAGCACCUUGCUGCCCAGUCCAGGGCCCAUGUCACAGAGCGGCCUGUUCUCCAGCAUCCUGACCGGCCCCCCGACUCCGAGCAGCCCCCUGGCCAGGCCCCUGGCAGUGGCCCCAGGAGGCACACUGGGCAGCUCCAUGGGCACGGUCUCCUCCGGCCCUCUGACUCCGAGCAGCACCCUGGCCGGCCUCAUGGCAGUGUCCCCAAGAGGCACACUGGGCAGCUCCAUGGGCCUGCCCUCCACCGGCCCCCCGACUCCGAGCAGCACCCUGGCCGGCCUCAUGGCAGUGGCCCCAGGAGGCACACUGGGCAGCUCCAUGGGCCUGCCCUCCACCGGCCCCCCGACCCCGAGCAGCCCCCUGAUGGCACCGACGACAGGCACAGUGGCCAUCUCUCUGAGCAGCCCCCUGGCCAGGCCCCUGGCAGUGGCCCCAGGAGGCACACUGGGCAGCUCCAUGGGCACGGCCUCCACCGGCCCCCCGACCCCGAGCAGCCCCCUGAUGGCACCGACGACAGGCACAGUGGCCAUCUCUCCGAGCAGCCCUCUGCUCACCUCCACAGCUGCCCCUCUAGGUGUUUCUCAGAACCUUGUGGCCAACCCCGUGAGCAAUCUGGUGCUGCCGGGGGCCCAGAGGGUGUGGCUGACAGAGCCGUUCCGAGGAUGCCCAUCUGGACCCCAUCCCUCCGCUGGAGCAGGGCCUGCUGGCACCACCAAAGUCCCAAUGUCCGCUGAGCACCCACAGCCGACCCAGGACCUGGAGCCUCUCGGCGUGACAUUUGUGGGCGUGCCCUUGCACACCUCUACCCCCAUGGAGACCAGGGGCGCAGCUGGCCCCGGGACGGCCUUCUCCUUCAGCACCUCGGACGCCCGGGCCCAGCCCGGUGCCCCCCAGGGACAAGCAGUUCCUGCCCCUGCCCCUGUCGCCCCUACUGCCGCCCCCCAAGCUACCACCGACUACGCCUCCCCCGGCACCACCCACGUUGCCCAGUGCCCACCCCCGUCCCCCACGCGGGCACACCACCCCCCCACCCAGCCCUCACCCACCCCCCACUCCCCUCCUCGAAAUCCCCAUUCCCCACCUCGAACCUCGUCCUCCCCGGCGUCAGUCAACGACCCCCGGGGUCCACGCGGCACAGAAACAUCUCGGAAAAGCAUGGUGGAAUCGGAACGGAAGCUAGCCCACCGGAAGAUCAGCAAGUUUCCGGACAGCCCCCGAGAGUCGAGGCAGCUGGCCUGGGAGCGGCUGGUGGGGGAGAUCGCCUUCCAGCUGGACCGCAGGAUCCUGUCCAGUAUCUUCCCCGAGCGCGUGCGCCUGUACGGCUUCACCGUCUCCAACAUCCCAGAGAAGAUCAUCCAGGCCUCCCUGAACCCCAGCGACCACAAGCUGGAUGAAGAGCUGUGCCAGACACUCACGCAGCGCUAUGUAAGCAUCAUGAACCGGCUGCAGAGCCUGGGCUACGACGGGCGGGUGCACCCGGCGCUCACCGAGCAGCUGGUGAACGCCUACGGGAUCCUGCGUGAGAGGCCAGAGCUGGCCGCGUCCGAGGGCGGCUCCUACACCGUGGACUUCCUGCAGCGCGUGCUGGUGGAGACCGUGCACCCCAGCAUGCUCACCGACACCCUGCUGCUGCUCUCCUGCCUCAACCAGCUGGCGCAUGACGAUGGCAAGCCUAUGUUCAUCUGGUGAUGCCGGCUGCUGCCAGCCAGGCCCGCUCUGGCCCGCUCCUCGGUGCCAGGCCAUUAAAGCUUCCCACACACGCUA